UGGAUAUUCAACAAAAAAGCAUGGCAAGACUUGAUUUUAUUAAGCAGGAACUGAUUGGAAAGUAUUACAUAACAGAAUGCAGCCUGGUGGUUUGAGAGAAGGGGUUGAAAACUAAGACCACAUCGUCACUAUUAAGCAAAGUCACAAAACAUGAGGUAUACUGUAUGUGUAAACUAUGAUUUGUGGUUGGUAGUACACUAAUACAUCAUUAGAUUCUGAGCAUUUCUCCAUAUUAUUCAUGAGAGGGAACACUUCCAUCCAAUCACAGCCCUGCUUCAUGCAUGAGCUCUUGUUGCAGUGGAGAAUUUAAACUUAUUCACAGAUUUAUUCACAGACGCAACAGCAGUUCCGUCAAUAAUUUCAGCAGCACUCACAGAACAAAAAUGGGAGGGGCUUUUACACAAAAAACUGUGGAGAGAUUGAAAAGAUUGCAGUCCUUGUCAGAAUGGACCGCAGUCCAUAACCGCACCAAAGCGAACAUGUUUUUGCUACUCUAGCGCUCCAAACAUGAAGCAGCUGUUUUUGAGGAGUGGCUGUUCUGUUUAGAUGGCAACGGUAAUGUCUGCUCUAAUCACUGUUCUCAUUUCAUUCUCAAAAGUUUGAAAAAACAAAAACAAACAUCACAUUUCUUUUUGCAGAUUUGCAAACGGUUCUAUCGUCUUCAUCUUUACACUUUUGUUCCACGAUUGAUAUACAGCAAAGUGCCCCAAAACUCUUGUGUUUUCAUCUCUACUCAUAAUGUGAUGUUCAGCCAUCACUGCUGUGAGUCUGUUUUGGAAGUGAGUUGUAGCUCUUGGCCUCCUCCUGUCCACGCCCUUCCCAACCCUUAACCCUCCCAGCGUAUAUAAUUUAGCUUACUUGGACGAAUUAUUCGGUGUGAAUGAUAUCUGAUCUUAAAGGUUCUGUCAGUUGCUCAGAGGGAGGAGAAAAUAGAGGGCAGAGUCUGGCACGAUGUGAUUUUCCGAAGUUGGACAUGUUCCUGAAUUACAAACUAUGUUUUUCUUGGAAUAAUCUUCCUAUCAAUUUAUUGUAGUUCUAAUGAUGCAUUACAUCGGACAUGGGCUAUUCUUACUUGACAUCACUAGCUUCCGGCCAUAUGACAGACUUUGUAGAAUAUAGCUAUAUUCUUCUCGUUGUCAUGUUUUGCACAAUUAAAUAAAAGACUUCUGAAUGAUUUUUCAGUGAGGCUGGAACCGACUGUUUGACCUGACUGUGGACUGUUUGGUGAAUUGACUGACUGGUCAGAUCUCAUAUCUUAUCCUCUGUAUCCCGGCCUCUGAAUCUCCACAAAUGUGUCCAUCCAUGAAGCCAAUAAGGCAUCUAUGUAGUUUCUAAUUGUGUCUUUACCUCACGUUCCCUCUCCAUUUGGCUGGGGUGGCUGGAACAUGAUGGCUGUGCUCAGGACCGCAAGCGAAGUUACAAAGCAGUGCAGUCAUGUGAUGAAGGGGUGACAUCUGGAGAGGCCCUGGCAGCCUUGGCUCAGAACUCAACAUAUAUGCACAAUGUGCUCGGACCUGCAUGCAUUUUCCUGCGCAAGGGCUUCGCUGAAAGCCGGAAGGCUGUACAACCGAGAGCUGAGACCAGAGGAACUGGAUGAGCUACAAGAAGCCUUCAAAGAGUUUGAUAAAGAUAAAGACGGCUUAAUUGGCUGUAAAGACCUUGGAAACUGCAUGAGAACUAUGGGAUACAUGCCUACAGAAAUGGAGCUUAUUGAACUGAGUCAACAGAUUAACAUGAACUCAGGGGGGCAUGUUGACUUUGAGGACUUUGUGGAGUUGAUGGGCCCUAAACUUCUGGCUGAAACGGCAGAUAUGAUCGGAGUAAAAGAGCUUAGAGAUGCCUUCAAAGAGUUUGACACCAAUGGAGACGGUCAGAUCAGCACAGCGGAACUAAGAGAGGCCAUGAAGAAACUGCUCGGACAGCAGGUGGGUCACAGAGAUCUGGAGGACAUUCUGCGUGACAUUGAUUUAAAUGGAGAUGGACAUGUUGACUUUGAAGAAUUUGUACGAAUGAUGUCUCGCUAGAGGAAAGGUGGAUGGACCACGUCAAAAACUAAAAGAUGGAGGAGGUGAGGAAGAAAGAUGUGGAGGAAACGGGAGCAGCCUCAUGAAAGGAACUUCUAUGACCUCUGACCUCAAAGCACAAAUGAAAGAAACUGCACAAUAACCCUCCAUGACAGUUUUUAUGAAGCUAACAAUGGGAAAUGGGAGUACAACUCACUAAUACUGUGAUCUCUGAAAUCUUUUUGUAACAGAAUUUGCAUCCUGAAGGAAGCUUGCGAUGGCUCUAGUGCACAAAAUUACUAAACUAAUGUUACAUUUUGACAGUAAUUAAAAUCAUGCUUAGAGAGCAACAUUUGGCUUCAAAACAGCAAUUUAAACAAACUGCUUAGUCCAGAAGUGUCAAAAUGUUCCAUAGCUUACUUGCAUUUCUGCACUGGCAUCUCCUUAAGUCACAUCUAUUUUGUGAAAUUAGGGUGCCCCAAUAAAUUUGCAAUAACACUGCUCUUUUAUAUUUUAAGAUGUUUAAUAAUAUUUGUACAGUAUAGAGAGAUGAGUGCGAGAGUGUAUAGUUUCUCUUUAAGAGACUUUGGCUGUUUUAAAGUAGCCUAUGAUGUAUUAGAUUAUUACUCACAAAGACUUUAUUUUAUAUACAGUAUCAAUGCUGGAAAACCUUUGCUAUUGAUCAUUUGCUAUUUAUUGUACAAUACAUUGGACCUAUGCACUACUGUAUGUUUGGACAUAUUUUUGGAAACUUAGAGAAACUUUUGCCAUUAAGAUGAAGAACAUUAAAUUGCCCUUAUUUGCACAUUGUCAUGCAUGAAUGCUAGUGCUGAUGCAGUUUUGUGUCAACAGUUAAGUAGCCUACUGUUGUAAACAUACUUUAUGUAGUUUUGUCGUGUAUUUAAAAUUAUGUAAAUUAAUUUAACUGACAAAUAAGCAUCUUAUGCACCAUUUGAGACUUAUUGUGUCUACGUGUGUGUGUGUGUGUCUGUGUGUGUGUGUGUGUGUGUGUGUUUGUGUGUGUGAGAGAGAGAGAGAGAGAGAGAGAGAGAGAGAGAGACAGGGGGGUAUGGAGGGGUUGUAUGGAUAUUGGGUUUCAGGAUUUAUUGUAAUUUAUUUGUGUGAUUUCUAGCUUGUCUUAAAUGAGUUAAUCUAUGCAUGCCAAAACAACUUUUUUAGAGUUUAGAUUUCAUUAAAGUGUUGUUGUUGUUGUUAAAUUGUCCUUCUGUUCUUAUCUUAUAUUCUUCAAACACCAAAACAUAAAGACAACAAAGCAUUUCUAUUCUGACCCACACAGAAUGUCACAAACAGACCAAUUUUCAGGUUGAAAAAUUUGUUAUAGGUUAAUCACAAUAUAUUAUUUUAAUAUUUUAUUAAUGUAUGUAAAAAAAAAUG